ACUUUGAGAUAAAGCAAAAGCAGGGAAAAAGCAAAGAAAGAAAGAAAGAAAAAACAUAAAAAAAAGGGAGGAAGGAAGAAAGAAAGGAAAAGGAAAGCAAUAAAGAAAGAAGGAAAGAGAGGCAACGAAGACAAAGGUUCUCAAAACUCCAUGAUUCAAAAUCCUGUGGGUUUUUCCUCUACUUAAUCCAGUGUGGGGAGACCUCUCAAAGUUUCUACAAAGGCCAGUUUGGGAGCUAGCUGAAAACAAAGACCCAGGAGAAGGUACAAGACAAGUUCAAUUAACACAGAAAGAGCUAACGUCUGUGAGGGAUAUCCAAGAGGCAUGAAUCGAGGUGUUCUGCAGAGCUCGCCGGUGCAACAAAUGAUGGCCGGAAACCCUAACUGGUGGAACAUUAAUAGCAUGAGGCCACCACCUCAACAACCCCCUCCUUUCUUGCCUUCUCCUUCCAAUCUCUUCCCUCAAUAUACACCAACUUCUUCACUUCCUAUGUCAGCCUCUUGGCAUGAUAACCAGGAGCUUCCAGAGUCAUGGAGCCAACUACUCCUGGGUGGAUUGGUGGGUGAAGAAGAAAAGAGUGGUAUGAGCCAUUUCCAAGCUAAGAAGUUGGAGAAUUGGGAGGACCAAGUGUUGCAUCAGGCUACAAACCCUCCUGUUGUAGAUAUCAAGCAAGAAAACUCUGCAAGCAGCUACAUGUAUGGACACGGAAAUGAAGACUUCCAGGCUACAAAACCUACUUGGUCUCAGAUAAUGCCUGCUUCAUCCCCCAAGUCUUGUGUGACAAGUUUCAGCAGCAACAUGCUAGAUUUUUCUAGCAACAAAGCCGAUGUGAAGCACCCACAGCCGGAUCGUUCUUCAGAGUGUAACAGCACUGCAACUGGUGGGGCACUUAAGAAAGCUAGGGUUCAAGCUUCUCCAACCCAGCCUACCUUCAAGGUGAGGAAGGAAAAGUUAGGUGACAGAAUUACAGCCCUUCACCAGCUAGUAUCCCCAUUUGGGAAGACUGACACAGCUUCUGUCUUGUUAGAAGCUAUUGGUUAUAUCAGAUUCCUCCAGAGUCAAAUUGAGGCUCUCAGCUUACCGUACUUGGGCAGUGGAUCAGGAAAUAUGAGGCAGCAACCGUCUUCAGUUCAAGGGGAGAGGAAUUGUAUAUUUCCUGAAGACCCUGGCCAGCUGUUGAAUGAUAACGGCAUGAAGAGGAAAGGAGCUUCCGACCAGGAAUCUCAUGAAGAACCAAAGAAAGACCUGAGAAGUAGAGGGUUGUGUCUGGUGCCUGUUUCAUGCACACUGCAAGUUGGGAGCGACAAUGGAGCAGAUUAUUGGGCUCCGGCUCUGGGCGGUGGCUUUCGAUGAGCCGAUUCCAUUUUGGAUGCAGCACAUUGGAGCUAAUUGAAAUGAUAUAAUAUCAUGAGCAGUCACUCUGCUAAAAUCUAAGGCUGAUUGCUCAUGAUGCUAUGCAUUCUUGAUUGGAUUUAUGUGUGCUGUAGCUGGGACUUUGGAAGUCCUUAAAAAAAAGUACUCCUUCUAAUUUAAGAUCAGCUGAUCAUCAUCUAUCUUCUUUUCUAUCUUCUGCUACAAUGCUUUCAUGUAUAUGCAUUUCCAGUAUGAUUAAUCAUUUUCAGUUGCUGCUUAGGGAGCAGCAUUCCUUUCUCUUAA